AUGCGUGUUCUCUUCUGGAACAUCAAUGGAGUUGCUCGUGAGGCAGCCAGAGACAAGCUGAAGGAGUUAAUUAAAGAAUUUAAGCCUGAUAUAUUUUGCAUUGCAGAACCUAAGGUUUAUUGUUCUGAUAAAUUUGUGCAAGGUCAUGGAGAUUUCAACUGUGUUUUACGUAAUGAGGAAAAAAGAGGAGGGCGUGAGCCUAGAACUUCUGUCAUCAAUGAAUUUGCUGAUUGGAUGGAUGAUAAUGAUCUCUUUGAAGCAGACUCCUUGGGUUCUAAAUUCACUUGGGCUAAUGGUCAAUCAGGUGUAAGAAGAAUUCUUUGUAAAUUGGAUAGAGCCUUGAUUAAUGAAGCUUGGCUGAAUAAUUUUGAGAACUGGAGAUGUAAGGCUCUCCCUAGGGAAGUAUCCGAUCACUCUGCUAUUAUUGGUUUUCCUAUUACUUUUUUGAGGCCAAAAAGAGCUCCUUUCAGGUUUCAAAAGAUGUGGUUUGUGCAUAAGGAUUUCAUGAAAUUGGUUAAGGAGAACUGGAAUGCUCCUGUUUUAGGUUCUCCGGCUUUUAUCUUUCCCUUCAAGCUUAAGAGAUUGAAGAAUGGUCUAAAAGAAUGGAAUAUGAGGGUUUUUGGUAAUGUUCAUGCUAGGUUUAAGCAAGCUAAACUGACUUUAGAAGUUGCUCUUCGUAUUUCUGAUGAAGAUCCUGAGGAUGUUAGCAAGCUUAAUGCUGCCAAAGAUGCGUCAAUUACUCUCCAAGACAUUAUAGCUCAACAAGCCAUUAUGUUAAAACGAAAAUCAAGAAGUAAAUGGUUGUUGGAGGGUGCAAGUAAUACUUCUUUCUUUCAUGCCAAUAUUAGAACUCGUAGGAGCAACAAUAUGAUUUCUGAAUUGGUAGAUGGUAAUGGGAAUGUUCUAACAGAUUUUGAACAAAUUCGAGAUCAUGUUGUGUCUUUUUAUGAUACUAAAUUUAAUGGUUCAGACCUGCCUAUAGAGGAAGAUCUUUUUGAGUAUGAACACAACAUUAUUUCUGUUGAAGACAGUCAAAGAAUGGAUGCAAUUCCGACUCUAGAUGAAAUUAAAGAGGCGGUUUUUAAUCUUGGAGCUGAUAAGAAGUUUAUUCCUCAAGGUACUAAUUCUAGUCUCUUGAUUUUACUUGCCAAGCUACUAGACUUGGGGCGUAACAUUCAUGAAAACAUAAGUGUUGCUUCAGAGAUGGUUAAUGAUCUUAAGACAAAACGUAAGGAUGGCAAUGUUGGUCUCAAGCUUGAUAUUACUCAAGCUUUUGAUACGGUUAGCUGGUCUUUUGUCUUGGAGGUCUUUCGGAGGUAUGGUUUUUCUGACAAUUGGUGCUCUUGGAUUAUUUCAAUUCUGAACUCGGCGCGUAUUUUUAUUCUACUAAAUGGUAACCCAGAAGGAUUCUUCAAGAUUAAUAGCGGUCUAAGACAAGGUGACCCCUUAUCUCCUCUGAUUUUUGUCCUAAUUGAAGAUGUGCUCAGUAGAAAUCUUACCAACCUUUUUCUAGAAAAUAAGAUGACUCCUAUGCUCUCUAAAAGAGGUAUUUCUUCCACUCAUCUCUUCUUUGCUGAUGACAUUAUGAUCUUUUGUAAGGGAAACAUGAAGAGCUUGAAUAACCUUCUUGUUUUGCUUGGUAAAUAUCAAGCGGCCUCUGGUCAAACUGUUUGUCGUCAUAAAAGUAAGGUAUAUUAUUGUGGAGGUUCGUUGAGUAGAUGCAGAACUAUCACUGAUUUACUUGAUAUGAGUGUUACUACUUUCCCUGAUAGAUACUUGGGUGUGCAAAUUAUGCCUGGUGCAGUUCGAUAUCGUCACAUAAGCAACGUUAUUGAUAAAAUCAAAAAUCAACUUGCUGUUUGGAAAGGUAAACUUCUUUCUUUUAAAGAUAGAAUUGUUCUAAUUAACUCAGUGAUUGCUAGUUACACCAUUCACAACAUGGCUGUCUAUAAAUGGCCUAAGAAGUUCAUUCAACAAGCUGAAAGAGUGAUUCGUAACUUCCUUUGGUAUGGUGAUGCGGAGAUAGCUAGAAAAUUUGUUGUUGGUUUUCCUAAAGUUUGUUGUCCUUUGAAAGAAGGUGGCUUAGGUAUUACGAGCAUGGAAAUCACCAAUAGAGCUAUGCUUAUGAAGUUGUGGUGGAGUAUUCGUUCUUCUCAAAAAAAAUGGGCGCGUUUCUUAUGGGUGAAAUAUACUUAUACUUGUGGGAGAUUGAAGCGUUAUGGUGUUAAAUCCUCUAUAUUUCCAGGGAUUAAAGUAGUUCAGAAUCUGGUUGAUAAAAACACUAAAGUUCUUCUUGGUGAUAGAAGAUCAACAUCUCUUUAUUAUGAUGUUUGGUAUGGUACUCAAAGCAUUUCUGAUAUAUUAGGAAACUAUGAACUGGAUUUUUCUACCAAGGUGAGUGAUAUUCUUAUUGAUAAUGCUUUGCAUCUUCAUGGAGUUCACGGUCAGGUGUUGAUGAGUGCUGAUGUUGAAGCCUCAAAUCUGCCAGCUUUACGUUGA